AUGGAUGCAUACAGUCCCUCACAUCCCACUGAUCAUGAUAUGGACCUAGGAAGUGACGGCGUUCCAACUCCUACUCUGGAUUCAAACGAUAAUUUUGCCGCUACUUGCUUUACUGAACACUUUGCUGCUGUUCCAGUCGAAGUCAACCUGAAUUCCCAGUCAGUUAGACCUCUGUCAGAUGAGGAGAAUUCAGUAAUACGAAAGUUGAUUGAUUCAGAAUCCAGUCCAAAACUAGAGGAUCCUGAGCCUGGUGAUCUGACUUUUAACGACUCAUGUCCACUUGCUAAUGUUAUUUCUGCCCCUGCCUCGAGGAACACAGACGACUCCAAAAAAGAGAUGUCUGAUAUAAAAACUGAAGCUAGGGCUCCAUCAAGCUCUCGUACACGAAGCCCUUCUCGGCGCCGUAGAUCUAGGUCGGGAGACAAACGAAGAAGGAAAUCUCGUUCAGGAUCCAGGUCACACCAUCGUCACUCAAACGCAAAACAUAGAUCAAGAUCAAGGGACCGGAGGCGCCAUCGAUCGAGAUCUUCAUCCAGAAACCGACGCUCGUCAAAAAGAGAUGAUAAUGGCUACGGAGGUAGGAGCUCCAAAAGCAGAGACAAACGCUCCAGGCAGCGCCGCCCUAGCGAUUCGCGUGGUAGGUCAGAUCGCGAUCACCGUCGGGAUAAGAUGGACAAAGAGGACAAAAGGCAGGACGAUCGCUUUAGGCCCAGAGAACUUCCUGAUGAUAUUCCUGAGGUAAUACCUUGGAGGCCGCCUGCUCAAAUCGACCAGGCUGUAGUCUCACUUUCCGAAUCUCGUCUACCUGUUUUCGGUACUAACAAAGGGAUUAUUCAAAGACCCAUAAACCAACCGUCUAUUCCUAACGUGCCGCAGGGUAUGUCAGUUCAGCACAUGCUGGGCCGGCCUCGAAUUCCCAAUUUAAUGGAGGUCCCACAACCCUCCGCCUGUUGGCCACCUAAUUUGCAGAACUUUUCCGGCCCCAGACCACAUUUACAACAUCGUAUGCACCAUUCCCAGGCCACAAAUCAGCCCCUCAUUGGGCAUUUUCAUGGACCGAAUUUCCAACAGCCCCAUUUCUUGCAGCAACAGCAACAACAUCCUUUCCAGCUUUCUCAACAACGUCCGCCGCUCCCUCUCCAGCUUGUGCCACACCAACGCAUGCGACCUCCUCAUCAGCUACAGCAAUCACAAGUUCAUCCUCAGCAAAUGUUGCCACAGCAUCCACAAGCGCUUGCGCAACAGCCUCCGCCGCCACCUCUCACGCAGGGUUCUGCUGUUCCUCAAGAUUUUCCUGGUCAAGCUUUUAAUGUUCACAGUGUUCAAAAUAUGCAAGGCUUGCUUUUUGGACUUCAACCUCCUCCACCUCCGCCGCCGCCACCACCGCCUCCUCCACCUCCCCCUGCUUCAUCGCAAGUAACGGUCUCGCAAAUAUCAUCUACCAAUCUCCUGGAGACUUUAAUGAGCAAAGCUGGUCUUCCCAAAGACACAUUGUCUUCUUUUAAUCCUGCUUCCCAAGACCUUGCCUUUGUUGGACAACCUUCCAAUUUCCAGCCCCCCCCAAUUCUUCCUGAUGUUCAUGAUGACUCGCCUAUGAAGCAGAUUAACAGGCUUCUUAGUUCUGCUGCGAACACUUUACUGAACCAGCUUACGGAAUCCGGCAAAGGUCUUUCUGCUCCACCCCCUCCUCCCCCACCUCCACCCCCAGCCACACGUGAAUUGUUCCAAAAUGUCAAUACAAUUGACUACAAUCACGCUAUACAGACAGUGCAACCCGGCUCUCUCCCUCCAUUUAUUCCACCUCCUCUUCCUAUCCCGUCAUCUAAUAGCGGGAAUCAGUCUAAUCCUACGGAUGCUUCCGCAGCUCAAGAAUCUCUCAACACUUCUAGGCCUCUACAUCCACCCCUUAAUCUGCAGGAGCUGGCUCUUAAGCACAAACGCUCAGAGUGUUCAAGUCGUCAGGAGUGGCGCGAACGAAUUGCUCUGGAGGUUAAAAGUUUUCUUAAACCCAGCUAUGUUGCUGGAAAGAUUAGUCGAGAUGAUUACAAGGAAAUCAUGAAAAAGUCUGUUAUUAAGAUUUUUAACUGCGGUCUGACUAAAAUACACUCGGAGCGAAUCGGCAACUUUGUCAAACAGUAUAUUGCCAAGUAUCACAAGAAGCACAAGCUGAGGCUCAGGGCCGAAAAGCUCUUAAAGGAGCAGCAACAGCAACAACAACAGGAGCAGUUUGUACAGUAG